AUGCCGGUUAGACAAAGAGAAGAAAAAUACAUAGAGAUUGAUGUGAAUACAAACAAUAGUUCAUAUCAACCUCUAGAUUCAAAUAUUCCAUAUUUAUCGGAUCAACAAUUUGAAUCUCUAUUACAUUAUAUGGGUGGAUUGAGUGCAAAGACACCAGUUCCAACAUCACUUGGAAAUCCAGGAGCGCUUGGUCUUGCUGCAUUUGCACUAACUCUUUUUAUACUUUCUGUGUUUAAUGCUGGUUCAAAUUUAAUUGAUCCUCAAAUAUCUGCAGUUUUUUUACCAGUUGCUUUAUUUUAUGGUGGAAUCGCACAAUUUGCAGCUGGAAUGUGGGAAUUUCAAGUAAAUAAUACUUUCGGUGCCACUGUCUUCUCAAGCUAUGGAGCUUUCUGGUUAUCGUUUGGUGGUUAUAUUUAUUAUAUUGUUCCAACAAUAGAAUCAACUGGAAAAAGUAACAAAGCAACUGGCUUCUUUUUAUUAGCUUGGUUCUUCUAUACAAUUUGUAUAAAUGUUGCAGCUUAUAAAACAUCAAGACUUGUGUUUUAUAUAUUUAUAAUUCUUAAUAUGACAUUUUUAUUCUUAGUUGUUGGAAGUUUAGCUAACUCAUCCGUUGUUCUCAAUAUUGGUGGAUGGUUCGGAAUUGCUACGUCUUUUGCUGCCUGGUAUGGGUCAGCUGCGCUUGUUAUCAAUAUUACAUGGAAGAAAGCUAUUUUACCAGUUGGUGUUUACCAGACACCAAAAGAAAAAUCGAUUGAAGAUUGA